AUGUCGUCGCGUCCACAGAGAUGGCAAAGAUCACACGAUGGAGGUCUCGGUCCCUAUCCAAAUCCUGGCAACAAGGAGAGACAGGGUCAGCGGUAUCUCGCUGAAGCCGCGAGUGUACCUGAGACGACGGAGAACAACACCAGGCUGGCAAGCUUGAGCGAACGCUACCACGGAGAAGCACCCGGCCGCGCAGAGAAGUUUAUGCCUCAGAAUAGUCGUCUGCUGCCAACCUUCUAUACCGAUGCUGCACGAUAUGAGCAGACCGAAUCCCGUGUCAAUGGAGCUUUGCCCGAACAUGGCAAUAUCGUGCAGCCGUCCAGUCCUGUCCUUACCAGGCGACAGGUGAGUGGAGGAACGGCAUUUGAGAACAAAUACGGCCACGAUGAUCCGCAAAGGGGUUUGGCGUCAAGAACUGUAGCACUCCAGUCAGCGUCGAUCACCCAAGGAGGUAUCCAUGGUCAAGUACGAUCUGCCGAGUCCUUGCAGCGCUUGUCACACGGAUUGAGUGAAGCCGCAGAGAACCUCCUUNUGUUGGCCGGGUCAGGUUCGAAGACCAAGCUGCCGGAGGCACGCCAAGUCAUGCGUUCGAGCGAUCAACUUUCACACCCAAGCAUCAACGUCAUCACGACUGCGGNNUCUCGGCUCAGUCUCUCUCGAAUCAAUCAGUGCGCGCACGAGACCGAAGACGUCAAGGAGCAAGCACAGUCUGCUAGGCCUCCCAACCAUUUGCAGUCAGCCGGGCUAAUCAGACACGCAUCACCCCUGAGUCCACUCUCAACAUCAGCAUCGAAGGGUGCGAUGUCUGAUUCAUCUCAAAUGUCGAUUGCGAACAACGAGUUGCACCAGAGAAGCAAUACAGCAGAAACUCAGCCUGGCCUGCCUCAGAUUGAUCAGCACACUCCCAAUCACACCGAUAAACUCAACACUCGCGCACCCAUGUCUGGUGAAAAUGCUCGUGACGCAGUCUCAAAUCAAUCCGCAACCCUACCCUCUACAACUUCCACCAUUAUGAAUUCGUCUCGCGAGCAGGUCGCUUCGGGCUUGUCGGGUGUCAACUCUCAACAGAGUUCAGAGAUGGACAUUGAGAGCUACCUAGAUGGGGUCAAGCACGUCAAUCACACUGAUCACAAAUGGAUUCGUCGCCUUCUCAAGCUCUUGGAAGACAUCUAUCACCUUCCGACCGGAGGACAGCGUAAACAGCAACUCCACAACUUUGUCAAGUGUCUCGAGCUUGAUCAAAAGACGCAGGUCAAUGCUUACAAGAUGCUCAAGCGUAUGCUUGAUGCCAACCAAGUCAAAUCCAAGGAGCAUCACGUUGUCGCAAGAUGGCUGAUCCGCUUGGUUUACCAUGCGCAGGAAGAAGCAAUCAAAGCCAGAGACGACGCAAAGAUUGCUGAGCAGGUCAAGCCCAUGGCACCCUUCUGUCGCGAAGGUCUCCACAAGCUGAAGUGUGGCCACUAUCGUGCUUCACAUGAAGAAUGCGGCAUGAACUGUUACAGCCGCUCUUCCUUCCCUGACAAGCCUCUGACAUUCGAUGUCCGCAUGUCGGAGAUUGUUUGCUUCAAGUGUCUUACUAGACUGCUGUGA